UGAGCCUAUCAGACGCAGCACCUGAGCUAGGACAGGCAGAGGAAGGAGGUGGGACUUGCACCUGUUGCUUGACAGGUAGACGCAGGCAGGGAGGGAAGAAGAUAGAUUUUAAUUUUAUCCUCGGGCCACAAUCUGAAAAUUGUCCCAUCUGUCAAGUCUAAGAGCAGAAGACGAUACCAGCAUCCUGGCAAGUCCGAGAGCUUAGGCAAAAGAAACAAGACUUGCUACAGCAUCUUCUGUGAAGAAUCAGCUUUAGGUGAGUGAAGCUGAUGUCCCUUCUAGCAAUUACCUGUACCUGGUUGUCUCCACUACAUACUGUCAUCUUCCCUUUCGGUCAAGGCUUGGAGUGGGAUUGAAAGCUCUUCAAAUUCCACACAUACACACGGCUCGUCCCUUGUUACCCUACAACUAUGUUUAGUGGCAUUCCUGAGGGAUUGCCUUUUGCUCAGAUACUUUCAGGAUAUGGGGAUGUGUGGAAAGGAGAUGGGGUCUUUCCUCAAAGCUGCUCUUCCUCUGAUCACCACCACCACCAUUAUUUUAAUUUCAUUUAAUAAUGGCUUCCUAGGAAACAUCCAUUGCAACUGCGAAACUGCUAGCAGAUUUGCAAAGCUAAGCAGAGUCUAGUAUGGUUUCAUAUUGGAUGAGGGGCUGUGUGUUGAGAUUCCUGCAUAGCAGAGGGUUGGACUAGAUGAUCCUCCGGGUCCCUUCAAACUCUACCAUUCUGAUUCUAUGCUCUCAAAGUGCCUGGAAACAUUCCUCUACGUCUGCCCUUGUUCAGUAGCCCCAGAGACUUAGCUGUGAUUCUUGCAUAGCAGAGGGCUGGACUAGAUGACCGUUGGGGGUCCCUUCCAACUCAACAAUUCUACGGUUCUAAAAGCAGGGAGGGAUGAGAAGGAGUGUGAGAGGUCCUCUCCCAUAUGGGUUAAUGCUGAAUAGCUGACAAUCCAAGCUGGCUGUAAUCCCUUCCUGGCUGCAGGCAAUCCAGCAAAACACAGCAAGCAGUGUGUUAGAAGCCAUCGUGUGCCAACGGCAGCACAAAUCCCAGGCAAGUACCGCUUAGAGCACACAGCUGCUCUUUUGCCCUGCUUGGCAUAUAAGUGACGUGGAUGGAACCAUGGACUUGGAUGCCUGUGCUCAUGAAUCCACAGGGUACAAGCGGUUGUUCCUCCAGGAGUUCAAACUUCACACACAGGUAGAAUGGAAAGGCUUGUGUGGUGCACGGAGAGGGUGGGGGAAUUUAUUCAACUCUUCCUGGCCCUCCUACAAGUCACUGAGCUUUGAUUUCUGCAUCAAUGCAGCCUCGGCUGGCAACGUGCCCCGAAGAAGCCUGUUCUCCUUAUGGUUUUAACAGUGAUCUCAUGCUCUGUCCCUGAUAGAGAGCGGGGCUUGGCCUGACACGGUCAGGCUGUGUCUGGAUCAGGCCUCUCCCCUCUCUGACCACCUGGUUCUGCCAAGGCAAGGCUCAAGUAGCCACUGAUCUAGAUGUUAAGCAAUUGGCCAGAAUAAAGGGGAAUCUGUUACAAGAGGAGCAGGGACUUUUAGCCAUCCCCUUAAUUCCCUGUAAAGUAGUGGUACUUGUACUGAACAUCUUCCAGAUCUCUUAACUGAUGCAGUAACAAGAGUUUAAACUGGAUUUUAAAGAUAGCCUGGACCCAUGCAUGUUUAAAAGUUUACUCAGAGGCAACUCCCACUGACUUCCUAAAUAAGUGUGCAGCCUUAGAUAGUGGUGGAUUUUAACAGUAAGAUGCUUGUAUGAUUAGGCCUCACUUCCCUUUGACCCCAUGAGCCACAUUUCCUGCUUAUACUCAGUCCUGAUAGCUGACUGACUGGUGCAUUUUGUGCAGAUCUCUGGCCCCUCUGAUACGAUGCCUUGCCUUUUCAUCCAUUUUUUACAUUCCUCAGCAAAAGGGGAUGAAUAAACUGUUUGUAAGAAGGUGGAUGCCGGAGGAAGAGUGUGCAUGCCUCUGUUGCCAAAGCAACAGGGCAAACGUUCCCUCAGGCUGGGAUGCACGAUGGAAGUGCCUCCCAUUGAAAGGAAUGCAAUGCAGAGACAAGAUAUGCAGGUGUCAUUUCUCUAGACUGCAUUACUUCCAAUGGGAUGCGCAUCUCAAGGUGAGAGUUUCUCCCCCUUACCCCAGUGGCAGUACAGGGAAACCAUGUUUGUGAAAAGGCACUUUUAAAAAGGAUAAAAGAGGAUGAAGGUAAGGAAUUUUAUUUAUUGCGGAAACUUUCAAGUGGCAGCUUUUACAGUGAAAAAUCGUAACGAAAAUGCAUCAUAGCAUUGUGUUGCUCUGCUUUUAGUAUAUCCUCCUACCAGUGUUUGGUAUUUCCCCACCAAAGAUGUGUAAUGGUAAGAGAGUGAGCUGAUGCUUUAUCGUGCAAGAAGCUUUAGGCCUAAACUCUGCCAGCUUAGACAGCGGGAUGCAAAGCUCCCUCUCCACAAGGGCUGUCUUCAGUCAUUCACAUUGCUGUGUACUCUAUAGCAGGAGCGGGGAACCUCAGGCCCAGGCACCAAACGCAGCCUUGGGACUCUCCCUAAGCUACACCCCGUGUGGGUACUACCCCAUACCUUCCUUCUGUGCUUUUGCUUGGCUGGACUGUGCCCUAGGCCUGUCUUGAUUUAUUUUGUCUGGAUGGGAGAUGGAGAGAUGUGUGUACUUGUGGAAUGAGGCCUACCUAUUUGUUGUUCCAUCCACUCUUAUAGACUGCUUUACUAUCCAAAACACCUCGGAGAAGUUUACAUACACAAGAAGUACUGUUAAACCAUAUUGAAUGACAACACGACAUAACAAAAUACAUAAGAAGAUACAUAUCCUAAAAAGGUCAUACGCCUCUGCCCCCCACCUACUUUUGCUUCUGGUCUUGGCCACCUCUGGCUUGUGGCCCUUGGGCUGUACAGUAUAAGGUUCCUUAUGCUGCCCUGUAAGAGGAAUUGGGAGCCUGUGGAUCUCGCCAUUUCCAUCAGUCUCGUGGGAUGCCGUGAGUUGUAGCGCAACAUCCUGUGAGCCACCGGCUCCCCACUCCUGCUCUAAUGUCACAAAUGGUACUAUACUAUACAGUACGUAAAAUACAGGUCAAUCCUAUGCAAAAGGUAAACAGCAAGAGGCUGAGUGGCUUGAGAAAAUUAAGGGGCAGCAUGCAGAUUUAGCAAGCACUGCAUUUACUCAUGAAAAUUAUUCUGUUUUCAGUUCUGUUCCUGCCAUUUUCAAUAUCCUUCUAAAUAAAGUUUGUAGCUGUAGAGGCUGCAAAGAUAUUCCAAGGUCGCCUUGGCAGGGAUGCACUUGCUUGGGACAGUAGCAUUUCUGUCUGUUAAUGAUGGGAAUACUUAACAGCCAUUUCCCGGAGAUUCCCUGAAGGGAGAAGUCAGGAGAGCAAGGUGUUAAUGUGUGGUUACAGGCAGUGACAACUGAUAAAUGGUUUGCAUCUGAGCAGUGAUGGGGAGGAAGUCACUAACUACCGGUACAGAGAAAUUCCUAGAACCCCAUCCAGGUCUCCGUUCUUCCUAGACAAAGACUUGUGUCUCAAGGGUUAAGACAGCCUUGACGCAAGGAUCUAUUGUUCAACAAGCUGGAGAGCCAGUUGGUGACAAGAGGCAGAUGCUGAUGAGGGACCAUGUGAGGCUGGUGCUGUGAAUGGGGCUUUAUUACUGUGUGGGAUCCCUGCCCUCUGCCACUAUCCUUGCUGCCAGCACCAGAGGCGAGCACAGCUCAGCUGAGGGAUGUUGUGCCAAUCUGAUCCAGGAGCCCUAAUGCAGCUAAGCUUUGACGGACAAGGCUGGUACUCAUAGAAGACAGGUGCAUCAUAGCACCAGGGGCAAGCUUGCUAUGGGGAGAUCCAAGACUGCAGCACCAAUAUGUGCCAGGAUCCCCGUGAGCUUGGAAGCAAAUGAGCUACAAGGCUGAAGCAGCUUUUCACUUUUGGCUUCAAGAGAGAGGAGUCCUACAUUUCUCCUGUGCUGCACUUGUGACAGCAUACAGUAAUACACGGGCUGCAGGCUUUUGGCUCUGGCACUGCUCCCUCACAUAGGAAGAAAAAGUGACGGGUGCUGCCCUCUCCUGCUGGGAAAUGUCACACCCAUCCAGGCUUGCCAGCUGAAGCGGCAGCUCCAUCUGCCCGACCCACCUUUAUGUAGGAGCCAAUCCAGUAUCCACCAUGCCUGAAUUAGAGCCGCUGGGUGUGCCCAGACCCCCAGCCAAUGCCAGCCGGAUCCAGAGGAACAUCCUGGAGGAACAUGUGGAGCUAUGGUGGUUCCAGGAGCCCAGAAAGUCAUUUGUCUGCUAUGGGGUAGCUGUGGCUCUGAUCCUUGCCUGUGGGGUAGGUGGCAUUGCACUGCUCUAUAGUACCAGCAGCCGCUCUGGGGAAUGGAGGCUGGCAGUGGGCACAACACUCUGCCUACUGGCGCUCUUGGUCUUGCUGAAGCAGCUGCUGAGCUCAGCCAUCCAGGACAUGAAUUGCAUUCGCAGCCGAGAGCAAGUUGCACUGCUGAAGAGCGGUGGUGCCUCGGACUGUGCCGUGCUGCUGCUGACAGCCCUGGUGCUGCUGGUGUGUGGCACAGUCCUCACUGUGCUUUCCACCACCAGCGUUGGCAGCAACCCAACUGCCCAACGCCCCUUUGCCAGCAUGUUCGUCAGUGGCAUUGUGCUCACAGCCUCUGGAGCUAUCAUCCUGCUCAGCCUGCUGCUCUAUUUGAUGUGGACUUCUUGUUGCUCAGCUGUACCUCCGAACCGGGGCGCUGGGGACAACAGCAACCUUUUCACCAUCUCGGGACACAUCUCAGCCGACCGGCAGCUCGCUCCUACCUCUAGCACAGCAAAUCUCAUUUAACCCUCAAGUAAACGGCAGGGUUGAACUCUCGUAUUGGACUGGCAUUUGCACUUUACGACAACCAGCCUGGCCCAGAUGCGUCUUCCUGUCUUCAGCAAUGUGCCGGAAUUUCUGCUGCUGAGCUGUGCUGCCAAGAUAGCAGCCUGGGCUUGUUGGCCAGAGACCACAACACAUAAAGAUGUUUUCGCUACUGAAUGCUGGGAGAUAAAAGGUGUGGAAACAGUCAUCGUUCCAAAGAAAGGCUUUUCUAGCACAAUAGUGAAAAUGGUACUAGAGGCUGUUCAAUUUGGAUAGUUAAGAGUGUCUCUCUCAUACACAAACAUUCAUUUCACUAAUUAGUUCCCCCAACAUUUCUGAAGUGGCACCAGGCAUUACCCCAAUCUCUUAAUGUUUAUCUUUGCAGCCCCAAGGUCUACUUACUUUUACAAAAAUGAAUGAUGCAAUUAUAGGGAAAUGGACUUUGGUGCCCAAAUCUUGUUUUUGUGUGGUGUGAUUGUCAUUAUCGUGGAAUGCAUACAGUUCUGUUUUGAAUGGAUAGUUACAUGUAGGAUGAGGGAGAACUAAGCUGCAUGGAGCAUAUCUCCAAACAGUUUUAUUGUCCUCACCGGAACAGUGAAGACAGUGGCAGGCAUGCACCCACACACCUUUACUAGCCUGAUAGCAGGAUACCUGGAUGGGAGUGACAUUUCCUGGCUUGAAUGCCCCUGGAUACUCAGGGUUAGAAACAAGACUGGAAACUGAUACCAGGAAUGUGUGCAUGUAUACAAGAUGAGCAUCAAUGUAUGGAUGGCAAAUACAGCUGGCAUUGGGGGACUUAGUUCAUAGAGUAUGAGGAAUUAAUAACUACUUUGCUUACUCAAGAGACCUCUCUGUAAGGGAAAUCACCAAAGUUAACAGCAUAUAUUAUGGCCAUGUAGGCUUGCUCUGUCUGUCAGUUUCCAUCUAGAGCACCUUCCCAAAAGGUCUUCAAGUAAGACUCACAUGUGGAUACAAAAAAAUCAGUGGGUACAAUUUAUUUUAUGACCACAACUGUGCCCAACUGAGUUUCCCCACACUAAUGUAACAAUAUCUCUUUAGCUUGACCCAAUUCUUAACUUGAGGUGACCCCCAAGCCCUGAUUUAUAAAGGAGCCCAGAAUCCACAGACUCUGCCCUGAAUGAGUUGAUGCUCAACAGGCAGAGCAAGGGGCAGUAUUUGCAACAGCUGAUAUAAUUCUUUUAAAGGGCCGGGAUCACUGAAAGGCUUAUAAUAGAAGCAGAAGCAUGGCAAUGUCUCCCAUGAUAUACUACAGCAAGGCAGAAGGCUACACCUUCACAAUUUGCCCUUAUACCAAACACAAACCAUACAGGGUAUGCCAUCAGUAUGCCAAUUGGAGAAUCUAGGUAUUCUGUACAAAGAAACUCCAGAUUCUGCACUCAACAGUAAAUAAUGCAAAUUAGGCACAAGUUAAUGUUUGUUUUUUUCAUUCCAAAUACAAAAUCUCAAGUUUCUUUUACAGGAGAUGUAAGGAAAUGACAUGUGUGAAAUGUUAUGGUGGUAGUGAGGUCACCUACAGAAGAAAUGAGAUGCAAGAGAUUAUUAUUAUUCUACUGCAGUGUGAUGCAGCAGGAUACAUUUGUCUCAUCCAUUAAUGCCUCUGUCAGCUCCCCCAGUGCUGUAUCUAGGGAAUGAUGAUGAUGCCUGGGUCAGUCUCCCUCCCCCUUUUAAAUCUCAUUUGAUCAUGUGUGCACUGAAAACCAAUGUGAAAUAAAGUAUAGAAAUUGUAGUGGGUUUGUUGCUAGGAGUGUGGACUACAUGCAGUUAUUCACCAAACUGGUUCAAAGCCCAAACUUAAAAGUGCACCUAUUAUUCAGGUCCAGGUGCUGUCAUAGCAGAUUUCCUUAGGAUACCUUAGUGAAUAUGUUGGCAUCCCAAAUAGACCAUGUUUCCAUGUCCCCUGCCCUAGGAGCCCCCACACUACAAGUGCCAUCAAAGUUGUGCUUCACAAGUCCUCAAAGAAACCAUCUGUGAUUA